AUGUUCGAAAGGGUCGUCGCUACUCUUCUUCACCGUUACUUGGGGAAGUAUAUCCAGGACUUAGAUACCGAGAACCUCAAUGUCGGCAUCUUUGGCGGAGAUGUUCAACUUUCAGAUCUUAAAAUCAAGCCAGACGCUCUGUAUGAACUAGAUUUGCCAAUUGAAGUGAAAGUUGGAACAAUUGGUAGAAUAAACAUAAAAAUACCAUGGGGAUGUUUCAACAAACAGUCAGUAGCAAUAGAAAUGGAGGAUGUUUAUGUAAUUGUUGCUCCAAUCACAGAUCGAGAAUAUGAUCCAGAAAAAGAAAAAAGAUUAAUUAGAGCUUCAAAACGAAGAAAAUUAGAACUUUUAGAAAUUGGCCAUUUUUUAGGAACAGAUGCUCCAGAAUCAUCUAGUUUUGUAGAAAAUUUGAUCACAACUAUUAUGAAUAAUUUGCAAGUGUUUAUUCAUAAUAUUCAUGUUCGUUAUGAGGAUUCAAAGCUAAACAGUGAUUCUUUAUUUGCAUGUGGAUUGUGCCUUCAGAGUCUUUCUAUAGAAACCACAAAUAGCAAAUGGAAACCAACUACCUCACAGCAGGGACUAUCAUCAGUUUAUCAAAUGGUUAAGGUUGAAUCACUAUCAAUUUAUUGUAACCCAGGAUGCUCACAACUAGUUGGAAAAGCACCUGGCCAAGACUCUGCUGCACCUUAUACUUGGAGGUCAGACAUGAAAAGAGGCCUUGAAACGUUUAGUGUGAAAGGAGAGGAAUUUGAAUUCACAAAAAUGAAACUGAUUGUGAAUAAAUCAAAUGAAGCAAGGGUACCUAAACUACUUGUCGAUUUUGUAUUACAAGAUGCUGCUACACAACUUUCUAGACAGCAAUAUCUUGUACUCAUAGACCUCAUGGAUUCCUUUAAACGGAUAAAUAUUAAUAGAAAGUAUAGACAGUACCAUCCAAAUAAAUCAGUGAAUGGUAAUGUGGCAGAAUGGUGGAAGUAUCUUUAUAAUGGAGUGUUAGAACAAAGACUGUUGAAGGAAGAACCUGAAAGGGUCAAAGCUUAUGAAAAAGGAGGCAUUUGGUGGAAGAAAGGGGCAGACUCGGAACCCCACCCUGAACUGCAUGUUACUGCAGGAACUGGUAGAGGAAUUUGGGCUCAAUUGUCACCUUCGGAAAAAACGAUGUUAUGUGACGCAAUUGGUUACAAUGAGGCAGCAUCAGGAGAAAUUGAAAAACCAAAACAGUAUAUUGAACAUAAGGUGAACUUUACAUUGGCUAAUUGUUCACUUAGUUUACUGAAUCGUGGUCAUGAAGUGAUGGUUCUAACCCUAGCUCAGUUUCUUGCUAGUCUUGAGACUAGGCCAUCAGCAAAGGCAUUUAAACUUUCUGGAAGGGUUGAAAGUUUUGUAAUUGAAGGAAUCAGUCUGGAACAUGACUUGGUUCCAAUUAUCACAGCAGACAAUAUUUACACUGAAUUGAUGAGUUUUGUGCAAACUGCAACAGAAUCCUUAUCACAGAUUUGUUAUUCUGUGACUGAUAGUUGUUUAAGUGGUAUCAAAUCUGUGUCAGCCAAAGCGAUACGAAGGUGUAGUGCUAUGGAGCUUAAUAUUGAUCUCAAACUUCCUUAUAUUGUAUUACCUGAAUUGGGUACUCUUCAAAAGCAUAAACUCAAUGUGACUCUGUCAAGUAUCAAAUUUAAUAUAUCAGACCGCAAAAUUGGAUCAGUAAUGGAUUUUCUGGAUAACAUACCAUUACCUAGCCCUAAUACAGUCCAUGUUUCUAUAUCUUCCAAUGUUGUAUAUCUGGCUUCUAUCCCAGAGUUGACUAAUGAUGAAUUUAGAGGAGACCCGACAGUUGAUCUUCUUACUAGAAUUAAAAUUUUAAUUGUCGAAUCUGAAUUGAAGAAACAAAAUAAAAUUGAACUCUCUAACAUAGAUAAGGCUGGAGCAAAAAUGGCAAUGCUUCAAGUUGAUAAAAACUUCAUUUCCUCUGAAGUAAGUGAUGAAGAAAAUGAACAAUGGGCUAGAACUGUUGACUUACCUGGAUUUGAUGACAAUGUUUCACCAAACAAUAUUAUUAAUAUGCUUCUUAGAUUCAUGAUCGGUGAGAUAGUCGUUCAACUUUGUAGAUCAUGCAAUCGUAUAGAUAAACCUUAUUUAAUGCUGAGAAUUGCAAAGAUAUGUUGUGAUGCUGCUCUGAUGGAGUACGGGCCUGCGAUUCAGGCUACUCUUGGAUCUGUUCAACUGGUUGACAAGCUUCAUACUGGAAAUUCUGGAGAAUACCUUGAACUGAUUUCAACUGAUCCCUCAGCUGAUGUUGCCUCUCUUUUGUAUAGGAAGGUAAGAUCUGAUUGCCCAGACUUCAAAUCACACUUCCACAGUGUUGAACAAUCUCUUGUGUUGGACUUUACUCGAGCAAGUGUUAUACUUCAUAGAGAAGCGUUCGUUACACUAAAUAAAUAUCUCCAAUACCUUUUGCAAAAAGUUCAGAGCAGAGAAAUUGUUCUGUGUCAUAAAAUAUUUGGAAAAUGGACAAUAGAGCCACUAAAUGAAAUUUGGGAGAAACAGAAUGAUCCGCCUAUUCCGCCUGGAGCUACUAAAUUCAGCUAUUCAACUCGCCUCCAAGAAUUAAAACUGAAGUUCUGUGACACUGAGAUGGAGUUCCUGGAAAUUAAAAUUGGUGGAUUAGAAAGUGACUGUCUCUUUAAAGCAAAUGAGCGAAUGGUGUUACGAUUUUAUCUUGCUCGUAUAACUAUUGAUGAUCUCUCCGAUAUGACUCUUUAUCCUAAGAUUCUUUCUGUUGAAGAUGAAAAAGUUUUAGACAUGAAAUAUGUAAGGCAUAGUCCUCGUUUUUAUAAGAAUCCAGAUAUUGAUACAAAGAAAGAUGAUGUGAAGUCUGAUGGAACUUUAAAAAUCCAUGUAGGAAGAAUACAAUUGGUUUUCUUUUGUAAAAUGAUUCUCGAUUUUCAGCAAUUCAUGGAGCCUUUUGUAAGACCAGCCCUUAUCCCGACUUUAAUUUUCAAUUUGGAAAAGUAUUGCCUGGAGAAAUUUUCCUCUCUCCGUUCAUGCAGUACACGAAUACACUUGGCUAUAGAUAUUCGAACACCAUCAUUUUUAUUUCCACAAAAAAUCUCAUCUCCGAAUCUUAUAAUUUUUUGUUUAGGAGAUUUAAGUGUUGAAAACUUCUUCAAAGAGAAAUCUUCCCCAGUUGAAAACGUUCCUGCACCUGUGAUAGACAACAUUCUAAUAAGACUAGAAAAUAUUCAAAUUUGUCGAGCAGUAAUGACUCUGGCGGGGUCUCUAGAAAUUCAGGAACCCAUUGUUGAUCCUCUCAGUGUUAAAUUUGAUGUAAAGCGAGCAGUUGAUUACCAUUCUACUGUGAGAGCUUUAACUGGAAUUUAUGUUCAGCCAACAUCCCAGUUGCUUCUUUAUCAGAUUAUUGGCAACAUUGAUAAUAUCAGGAUUAAUCUUGGUCAAAGAGAUCUAUCUACAAUACUGAAUGUUUGGGUAGAUAACUUCAAUCAAGGGAUAUUUAUAGGUGAAGUAACAAAUAAUUGGACUACUCCCUCAUCUCCUAUAGAAGCUCACACUCCAGUUCCUCCUGCUGAAGACCAGGCUGUCAAGAAGCUGCAGGCUUUCUUCUUCCAAAAUGAACCGGUGCGGCGAGAGGGCUCUGUCAGGAUACUACAAUCUCAUACUGGUUCAACACAAGUUGAAGACAGCAAUAUAUCAGUAUCUACACCACCAAUAAUUGAUGUAACAUUUCGUCAGACUCAGACAGGCGAUAAAUGUGUUGAUGUGUUGGUUGAAGCAUUACGAUUAAGUUUAUCAAUAUCUUUUGUUCUUGACCUGUCUCGCUUCAUACUUGAUUCACUACCUCCAGACAGAAUAUAUGAAGGAGGACUUGUAAAUCAUGGUUAUGUGGGUGAUAGUAAUAUACCUAUGAAACCAUCAAUAGAUACAGUUAGGCCUCCAAGUUCAGCUGACAGUACCAGUGGGUAUUUUUCUUUGAAGGCAUCUUGUAUGGAUGAACAAACUGGCAUAUCUAUUUCAGUUCAAAUUAGACGACCUGAAAUAAUGCUAUAUUCAAGUAGUGGACAUGCAUUAUUACUCAGAACUGAAGUACUUGCAGACUAUAGUAGACAUCCAGGAAGAGAAUCAUUUGUGUUUUCAUUAUCUGGGCUAAGACUUUUAUGCAAACAUCAGGUCCCCCAUAAGGACCAACAUCCUUACAUUGUCCUUCAUCCUUGUGAUAUUGAAUUUGCAAAAAGUCAAAAAAUGAAUGAUGAUGGAUUAAAAAUGACUUUAGGGGUAGGUCUAAUUGACAUCCAUAUUACUCCUAAUACAGUCCACGCAAUAACUGCUCUUCUCGAAGAGGUAAACACCAAUUUGAUGCCAGAAGAACCAGAUGGCUCAAAUGUUCUCUAUGGAAGUAUAGAAACUGAUGAUCUCUGGUCUCCUAAAAAAAUAUCUCCUUAUACAUUCCCUCAUCAGUCAAGUUAUUGUUGUGGAACAAUAGGUAGGAUGAAUGAAAUUUUUACAGCAGCUAUCCCGAAACUAAGAAUCAUUUUUGAAUUAGAGGAUUCAAACAAAAGAGUACCAAUGGUUCUUCUUAAAGCAGCUACAGAAGCUUCAGUUCAUAAUUGGUCUAAAUAUUUGCAAAUGAAAGGUGAACUACAAGUUCAAAUUUCUUAUUACAACUCUAAAGUAGGUGCAUGGGAACCACUUUUAGAACCUUGUGUUGAGGAAGAAGGAGUUUACAGACCUUAUGAAAUACUAUUUAAGGUAUUUAGAGCAAAAGCUUAUCCCAUUCAGCCUUGCAUGAGCUGUGAUGAAAGCAAUGAAAGAGAAAUGAGUUCAUCCCUUUCCAAACUUUCUCAGAGUAAAAGUCUGAGUCGAGUAGCAAACUCUGAAGAAUCAGAAACUUCAGCUGAUGAGCAGGAUGUUGAAACUGGAUCGAUGAUGUUUAUAAGGAAAAAGCAACUUAGGAAUGAUCACAAAAAAUCUAAACAUGAAAGUAUAAGCUUAAUCAGUUAUCCUGAAGACUCUGAUUCUGAUAAUGAAGAAGGUGUUAUGGAAAAACUUGCAAGUGCCAUAAGUCAUCUUUUUACUGGGGAUAGCAGUGAUGGAGAAGCAAGUGACAGUAAUGAUUCCAGUGGAGCAGAGCCCUCUGCAGAUACAGAUGAUAAUACUGAUGUUGAAUCUCUGACAAGUGCUCACCACCCACCUUCUGGGAAGGAAUCUAGAGCAAUAUUUUUGAAAAAACAAAGUGACUCUGUGGAUUCAGGAUUAGAAACAGAGGGUGUAGAUAAAGUAGCAACCUAUGUGAUGAUUGAAUCCAGAGACAGGCUAGAGUUGUCUGUCACACCACAGUCCAUUGCUGUUCUUACAUCUCUCCAUCAGGCAUUUACACUGUCUGCCCCAAUUCCUAUGGAAAAUGAGCUGUCUUUGAUAAACGAUAUAGCUCCUAGCUCAACUAUCACAUUGCUGUCUAAAGCAGAGGUUGGCCCUCCUAAAGUUUUAAUGACAUCUACCUAUGAAAGAUCUGAUUCUAUGCCUAGCAGUCCUGCGUCUACCCCACCAACAGAUUUUUUCAGUCCUUUAGGCUCAGAAGGAGAUCCUGAUUAUUUAGAAGAUGGGUUUUAUUCAAGAAAAACAGAUCCAGAGGUGUCUUCAGAGUUAUAUUCUCCAUACAUGAAGUUUCCUGUUGAACCAGUGUCUUGUUUGUAUAAGAAAAUUACUGAUCAGAGAGUUAGGAUUCAUAUUCCAGGUUUUGAAGAAAUGGAAGUCUUGUGUCCUCAAAGGACUUGUAACAAACUCCACUUUCUGCAACCAAUAAAAAACAAUACUAGGUAUUAUAUUGUUCUUAAUGUUGAAUGCCAUGACUGGGGACAAAAAAUAACUGUUAGAUCUCCUUUACAGGUAAAAAAUGAGACUUCUUAUGCAAUAGCUAUUUAUUACAAAAAAGCUGUCCUUGAGACUUUAGGAUAUACAGUUAUUGGAGAAUCGACCAAUCCGUUUGAAGAUAUGUUCAGAAUUGCUGUGAUAGAACCAGAUGAAGUGUUUAAUGUGCCCCUAACUGUGGCACAUCAUUGUAAAUUAUAUGUUCAGCCUGCAUAUGUUGACAAUUAUAGUAUUUGCGACACUGGACUUUGGUGGCAGGACUUAGCUUCUGAUUUGAAUACCCCUAAAGACAUUGUAUGCUCUGCAAAGGAAGAAAGUGAACCAACAGUAUUUUCAGUUAGGGCUUUCUGUGAGGAAGGAUCUCCAAUAUGGAGACCAUCUCGUUUGAUUCCAAAAUAUUUAAUUAGAUUAUUGCCACCAUUAGCCUUUCAUAACAGAUUGCCAUAUGCAAUUGAAGUCAAAGUGCCUUCCAUCAAGUAUGAAGUUAGAAUUGAAGCAGGUGAAAAGGCUAGCAUUUAUUUCCUGAAUUUACUUCGAACUCACAAAAUUAGCAUCCAUGUCCCAUCAUAUCUUGGAAUUUUAUGGACAGGAACAUUCAGCCUAAGUCCAGAUGUGGAGGAAAAGAUAGUAACCAUGACAACUGAACAGGAUACUGAGGGAGGUAACAAACAAUUAGGUCUCAGUUUAAAAGUCGAGAGAGGGGAGACUUGUGAUGUGAUGUUGCAUGCUCCUUAUUGGAUUAUAAAUAAGACUGGGCUUCCAUUACAGAUAAGGGCAUCAUUGACAGAUGUGGUUUAUGAAGCACAAGGAGAAGAACCUCUAUUGUUUUGCUAUAGAAAGCAGAGGAAGCAGUGUGUCCGUCUGAGAGCUUAUCAUUCAUCAUGGUCUUCUGCAUUUUCUUUGGAUGCUUUCUCUUCAUCAGGUCUCGUUAUUUGCAAGGACAGGGAAAGGAAAAGGAGAUACCGAAUACUGCUCAAAGUUGAUUUAUCAGAAGUAUGCCCUCAUUUAACAAAAAUUGUAACUCUCCUUCCAAACUUUAUAGUUUCUAAUGAAUGUAAACGGCCUCUAAGAUUUAUGGAAGAAAAUGAAAAGGCAGAUUUGUGGAUAGAUUUGUCUCCUACACAGACUUUGGCUUUCUGGCCUGAGACAGAGAAAAUGAAUAUGUUUGUGAAGUUCCGUGAUAGUAAAGUUGUUUCCCAACAUUUUCCUAUCACCAGUAAUCAUGAUACAGUUCUUCGAAUGGACAAAGGAGUUGCUCUUCUAAGUCCUUACCAAUCACUCCUUUAUACAUGGGAUGAUCCCUGUAAAGAAAGAACUCUCCUCUGGAAUGUUUAUAAUAAAAAAUCUAAAGACUUCAUGUCUGAGAUAUGGAAGGAUGGUUAUGGUCAAGAAAGAGUCAGUUUCCAUAUGGUCAGGAAACAGGGAUCUGCUCCAACAUCUAGCCAACCUCCUACUGUAACUGCAAAGCUUUCUGCUAGUCUUAAAAGACUUUCAACUCCAUUGCAAAGUGGCCAAAGCAGCAGUAGUGAAGAUAGUGAAUCAGAUGAACUCCAAAAACCACAGUUAUCAAAGAAGACGAGGAAAGACAAAGUGGUGGUGUAUUGGGUAUCAUACUUGGAGGGGCCUCAAAGAGUGUUAAUGUUUACUCAAGAUGAACGAAUAGCUUACAAAGCUAGAUUAAGGAUUGAUUCUGAAAAGAGCAAUGUUGAAUUUUUCCUAUCAUUGAAGGGGAUCGGUCUAUCCCUGGAGGGAGACUUCAGCCUUGAAGAUGAAGAUGGUCAUGUAAGAACUUCCUCUCUUGAUGAUGAUGUUCUGCGGACUUUGGUGGAAAAAACUCCAGAACAAUUGUUUGAGAACUUGCAGAGAAACUUAAUCUUAGUGGAUCAACCGUCGAUGACCAUCUAA